CUUACGAAAAUCUUAAAGAGGGAGCUUCCAGAUAAUUAAAAGAAAUAUUUUUUUAAAAAGGAACAUCCAAAGAGAUUAUGGCGGAGGGGCAAUCCGACAGCAACAACAAUCAACAGCAAUCUCCUCCUUCUCCUAAUUCCUCCUCCUCCUCCUCCUCUCCUCCUUCACCACCUUCUUCAGACUCACAACCUCCACCAUCACAACAACAAGGAAACAAUAACAACAACAACAAUGGUGGAAACAAUGAUAACAACAACAAGAAUGGUAAUAACAACAAUGGUGGAAACAAAGACAACAACAACAACAAUGGUGGAAACAAUGACAACAACAACAGCAAUGGUAAUAACAACAAUGAUGGCAAUAAUGGUAACAAAAACAAUGGCAAUAAUAACAACAAUGGUAAUAACAACAAGGGGAAUAACAAUGACAACAACAACAACAACAACAACAAGGGGAAUACUAAUAGCAACAAAAACAAUAACGGAGGAAGCAAAAACCGUUCGCCUCCGCCUCCUUCUAAAAAUUCCGGCCGUAACUCUCCUCCGAAAUCUCUGUCUCCUCCUAAAUCAAGCCGUGGUGGCUCUAAAUCCUCACGUAACGACACACCCAACAUGGGUGCUAUUAUAGGAAUUGCAGCUUCUGCUGGAUUGUUGCUUCUUGUCAUGAUCUUGUUCUGCGUCUGUUGUUGUCGUAAGAAGAAAAAAAAGAAGAAUCAAAUGCCUUACUAUGCAAGCAACGGUUUCAACGGUGCGAGUGGCCAAUACCAACAACAGCAACAACAAUACAAUAACCAAAGCGAUCAUGUAAUGAACGUAGGGAACAACAACUGGAUGAAUUCACCUCCUCCACCACCUCCUGGAACCUGGCAACCGACGCAACCAAUGCCCGUCUCAGGCGGUCUUAACAGCAGCGACAUGAGCUCAAACUACUCAGGCCCACACGGUCCAGCUCUACCACCACCACACCCUUCAGUGGCUCUAGGUUUCAACCAGAGCACAUUCACCUACGACGAGCUAGCCGCAGCAACGCAAGGCUUCUCUCAAGCGAGACUGUUAGGGCAAGGCGGGUUCGGGUAUGUUCACAAGGGGAUACUUCCAAAUGGUAAAGAGAUCGCUGUGAAGAGUCUUAAAGCAGGAAGCGGACAAGGAGAGCGAGAGUUUCAGGCUGAGGUGGAUAUCAUUAGCCGAGUUCACCAUCGGUUUCUUGUGUCUCUUGUUGGUUAUUGUAUUGCAGGAGGGCAGAGGAUGUUGGUUUAUGAGUUCUUGCCUAAUGACACGCUUGAGUUUCAUCUCCAUGGUAAAAGUGGUGUUAUUCUUGGUUGGACUACAAGGCUCAGGAUUGCUUUGGGAUCAGCUAAAGGGCUUGCUUACUUACAUGAAGAUUGUCAUCCGAAGAUCAUUCAUCGAGACAUUAAAGCUUCAAAUAUUCUUCUUGAUGAAUCCUUUGAAGCCAAGGUUGCAGACUUUGGGUUAGCCAAGCUAUCUCAGGACAAUGUUACACAUGUGUCCACUCGUAUCAUGGGAACAUUCGGGUACUUAGCUCCAGAGUAUGCGUCAAGCGGGAAACUAACAGAUAGAUCAGAUGUUUUCUCCUUUGGAGUGAUGCUUCUAGAGCUCAUUACCGGACGCCGACCUGUUGAUCUCACUGGUGAAAUGGAAGACAGCUUGGUCGAUUGGGCAAGACCCUUAUGCAUAAACGCAGCUCAAGACGGAGACUACAGUGAACUAGCUGAUCCACGCCUCGAGAACCAAUACGAGCCUAAUGAGAUGGCCCGAAUGGUGGCUUGUGCCGCUGCAGCCGUCAGACACUCAGCUAGACGCAGGCCUAAGAUGAGCCAGAUUGUUCGAGCUCUGGAGGGAGAUGCAUCGCUAGACGAUCUAAACGAAGGAGGGAAACCUGGACAGAGCUCUAACCUCGCGAGGGGAUCAAGCUCGGACUAUGACUCGAGCACUUACAGUGCUGAUAUGAGGAAGUUCAGGAAAACAGCGUUGGACAGCCAAGAGUACGGUGCAAGCAGUGAGUAUGGAAACACGAACGAGUACGAGCAGCGACGAAAUUAGUAGAGGAGGAGUAACAUAACAACUACUAGACAAGAGCUUUGACUUAGCUUUUUAGAUUCAAGCA